GAGAGGCUCAGGAGAGACUGUUCAGUGGGAGUUCUCCUCCGCAGAGGCUCUCUGAUAGAGCAGGAGUGUAAAGAUUGAUUUGUGUUUAUAAAGAAAGUUUCUCGGUGUCUCUUUAGGCGAUAUGAAUAUAUAUUUCUGUGGCAGUAUCCGCGGGGGGCGGGAGGAUGUGAAGAUUUAUCAGAGAAUAGUGAAGAAAUUACAGACUUAUGGGAAAGUUCUCACCGAGCACGUGGGCCACGCUGAUCUCUCUGAGAAAGGUGAGGAUGCUGUGCUGGACGGAGACAAGGCCAUCCACAAUCGGGAUAUGGAGUGGCUGACUUCAGCUGAUGUCAUAGUUGCUGAAGUGACUCAGCCGUCUCUGGGAGUGGGUUAUGAACUAGGUCGGGCUGUGGCCAUGAAGAAGAGGAUCCUCUGCCUGUUCCGACCUUCAUCUGGCAGAGUGCUGUCUGCCAUGAUACGAGGAGCUGAUGGGGGAUUGGACAGUUCUCUCUUUCAGGUACAGGAUUAUACAGAGGAGGAAGUCGACGGGAUCCUGGAGAAGUACUUUGGUAAACUCACCAAAAGCUAAACUUGCUGUUAUCCAUUAUCCAAAUCUAAAGACACAGUUUAACAAGCACUCAACCUUUCCACUCUGUUCUUCUUAGAUUACUCUGACACACAGUAGUUCACAAGUAGUCACUUUUUGAUUUGUUCAUGUCUUUAAAAAUGUAGGUGUAAUAGAACUUUGUUAGGAUAAGAAAAUGCGUAUAAUUGUAAGUGUUUUGUUGUGUCAUGUCUUACCAAAAUGUUAUGCUUGCUAUAGAAUACCAAUGGCAAUAACAUUCAGAUUGUUUAGGUGGUUAAUUGAAUUAAAAUUUGUAUUUUUUAAAAUAAAAAUAUAAAUACA